AUGAAUAAUCGUCACGGCAAGAGUAGUGUAACGACAACUGUCUCGGCAGCAGCGGCAGUUGUACAACGAAAUCUGCAGAUUAUGCGCAUCACUCUCGCUUUAACUAUACUUUCAUUCUUUACUUUUUCAAUCACAUUAACAUCAAGCUAUUGGGUUGAUGUAGCCUAUCCAGCUGGCUUCUUCUCAGUUCGACACAACUUAUUCGUUGUUCGCACGACGUAUGGCGUAAUUUGGGAAUGCGUACUCGGCCAACCAACAAGAGACUCUAUGUAUGAAACAAGAUGCGAUUAUCAUGAAAAUAAAGUAAACAAUGCAUCGUCACCAGCCGAAAGAACACUUGUUGGUAUGAAUCACUAG